CAAGAUGUGGCGCUGCAGGCAAGCGCGCCCCGCCAACAUCCACCGGCUCCGCUCUCCAGACCACGCUUGCACCUGUAGUCUACCACUCUCCACCAUCACGACAACCUCCUUCACUUGGCAAGGCUCUGGCAGGUUUCGGAGACAUUUUCGGCUCAAUGUGAUCAUGUCCGACUACCACAAAUUGCUUCCCAAGCCGGCGCAGGAUGCGGAUGACGACGACGGCGCAAACGAGUUUCCCGAAGUCAAGGCGCGACCACGAUCUACAUGGAAUCAGUUCUGGAAUGGUCGACUGCCGGCCGUGCGAUUCGCGGUAGAGAUCUACAUCGCCUUGCUGGUCACCGCCAUCUGCUACAUGCAGGUUCUCAAUCUCAGACAACCCCUCUCCAGCGACGCCGAUGCACUAAAAGCGCAGAUUGAGUCACGAGGCAGCUACGAGUGGAGGUAUUCGGCCAACGCAAGCUAUGAGAGCCUAGAUCCUCAAUUCGACUUUCUCUGGAAAUGGCCGGGUAAGACCGGCCUGGCAAUGCUUGCACCAGAGCCUCCUCACGAUAAAGUACCGGUAGGCGUCAGCAUGUUCCAUCAGCUGCACUGCCUUGGCAUGAUCAGAAUGGGCCUCCAGAGCGCCAAAGCAGGGAAAGAACUCGUCUGGGACGAACACAUGCCCCAUUGCCUGGACUACAUUCGGAAGUCAAUCCUUUGCUUUGCCGAUGACACAAUCGAGCUGCCAGGACUUGUCAACGGGGAACGAAACGAUUUUAUCGACGGUGACGGAGCCACGCAUAUGUGUAGAUCCUCCAAGACUCUGUUCGAUUUGCGAGGAUGGCCGAUGCGGCAUGUCGAGGAAGCAGGUGUCGGGCCAGGCGCUUGAUCACUCACGACGAGAAAUGUUGAAAUGAUCUUUUUGAUGUCUUUACGAGUUGAUGGUGCACUUGACCUUCCUAAUGUUUAGCUCUUGCAAGUUGGGCGUGGCCUGGAUCAGCUUUGUCUUACAAUACUGGGCGAUUUAGCGUGCGAAAUUGUUCACAGUACGACCUUUUCUUCCUCAAUCGACUAACAUCCUUGCCAAAUCGCGCGCAUGUAUCGGAAUCUACU